UAACAGAGUAGUUGCUCCCUCUUAAAGGGAGCAUGCAUCAAACAAUCGUUUUAUUCUAGUAACUUCGUGUUCACCACAUAUCGUGAUAUCACCCCGAGAGAAACCAACACUUGCCUUCACUCUAUCUACUUCCACUACGUUGCCUCAUUUCACAUCCCUAUCUCCAACCAUGCCUUUCAUCGACCUCCCAAAUGCAAAAUUGCACUACGAGAUUUUCGACGGCCGUGGAGCUGUCUUCCACGACGUCGCCAAGCACCUCUCACGCAGCUUCACAGUCGUGUGUUACGACCGCUGGGGCUACUCUCAGAGUCAGCACGUUGGCGCACAAGAUUUCAAGAAUCGACUCUCAGUUGAUGCCGAUGACGCCAGUGCCUUAAUCACCCACCUCUCUACCGAACCCGCCGCCGUAUUUGGGACAUCUUCCGGUGCUAUCGUUGCCACACAGCUACUGAUACAACACCCGGACCGAGUGCGUACUCUUGUCGCCCAUGAGCCUCCGGCAUUUGCGCUGCUGCCUGAGCAGUUCCGUACUCAAGCCGCCGGCCUCGUCGAGCAUAUCUACAACCUUUACCGCGAGCAGGGCGUGCAGGCAGCCAUGGAGGUUUUCUCCGGCGGCUUAUCAGCAGGGGACGACGGUGCGAGGAUGAGAUUCUGCAUGGAUCCUACACGCGGAGACGAGAUCCGCGCAAACUCUAUGUUCUGGUUUGAGUUUGAGCUGCGCCAGUACACAUCUGCCGCGCUAGAUGUGGAGCGUAUCGCAGCCGAGAAGGCAAAGUAUAUCCCUGUUGCUGGGAGAAAUUUGUGA